AGCUUUCGAAGGCAUCCGGUUGUGCAUACUCAUCGCGGAUCAUCGCUACGACUACACGAACGCGUCGCGACGUCCUCGUAACGCGCCGCGGAUUCAUUUAAUAUCGCCCCGUGGCGCCGAACGAUACAGGGUGAAGUUUGAGGACGAGGACCGACUGAUAAAAGGGGAGAGAAUCACCAGGUCGUCAUCAUGGAGGCGAUUAAGAAGAAAAUUGCGGCGCUGAAGAUGGAGAUGGACGCCGCGAACGAGAAGGUGGAGGCGAACGAGACCAAGGCGAGAUCGGAGGACUUUCGCGCGGACAAGCUCUACGACGAGGUGAGGGAUCUGCAGAAGAAACUGGCCCAGCUCGAGCGGGACUACGAGGUCGCCAAGUCCAAUUUGGAGCACUCUACCGCCGAUUUAGAGCAGUGCGAGAAGUCUUGGUCCAGAGCGGAGCAGGAUCGGACCACGUUGACGAAGAGAGUCCAAGAGAUCGAAGCGUCGCUCACGAAGAAGGAGGAGCUGCGUCUUUCCGCUCAGCUGAAGCUUGGAAGCGCGUCAGAACUCGCCGAUGACGCCCGGAGAAUGUGCAAAGUGCUGGAAGACAGAAGUCGGCUCGACGAGGAACGCAUGGAGAAGCUGAUGCAAGAGCUGAAGGACGCCAGACUGAUCGCCGAGGACGCCGACGCAAAGUCCGACGAGAUAUCGAAGAAGCUGCAGUUCGUUGAAGAAGAAUUGGAGGGGGCGGAGGAACGAGUGAAAACCAGCGAGGCGAAAAUCAUAGAACGAGAGGACGAGCUGUUCAUCGUGCAGAAUAUCGUAAAAUCCUUAGAAGUAUCCGAGGAGAAGGCUAACCAACGAGUAGAGGACUUCAAGGUGCAGCUGAAGGAGCUGAAGAAGAAGUUGAAGGAGGCCGAGAAACGCGCCAUUCUCGCCGAAAGGACGGUGAAGAAGUUGUUGAAGGAAGUGGACAUGAAGGAAGACGAGCUUCGGGAAGAAAAGGAGAAGUACAAGGCGGUCUGCGACGACAUGGACGCCACGUUCGCGGAAAUGACCGGAUACUAAAGUCACGGACACGGACGGAGUUUCUUUUAUUUUGUUAUUCUGUGCUUUAUUCGCUUGUUCGCUACAUUUAACACGGACGCCGUACUUCGGACUUUCAGCCAUCUGCAUUCAGCCAACGCCGAUUUUAUUCGUUACAGCGUAUCGUGACACGUCUCGAGGUGCUUCGUGAAUAACUUGCUACGCGAAUAACGCGACUAACGGGCGAACAAACGAUGUAUAUUGCUAGUUUGUUAACAAAAAAAGAAAAAAUGAAAAAUAUCGCUUUGCCAAAACCGCUUUGCUUCGCAUAACAUCCUGGACGAGGCUUCGGGAUCGGCGUUAACCGGCCGGAGUGGCUUCAGGAGCGACAGCCUUUCUUGUUUUCGUUAGAAUUUACGAUAGAUCACCUAUUUUUCUUUCAGAGGUACCGAGGAGGAGUUCGCGAAACAUGAAACCAAGCACGAUACUGCGCCCCCUUUUUAUCGUUGUAUAUCA